AUGAGCAGCAUGCAGCAGAAAGCGGCGGAGCUGGAGCACAUGGCCGAGGUCCUGCUCACCGGCGAGCAGCUCCGGCUCCGACUGCAUGAAGAAAAGGUCAUUAAAGAUCGGCGGCACCACCUCAAGACAUACCCGAACUGCUUCGUUGCCAAAGAGCUGAUCGACUGGCUGAUUGACCAUAAAGAGGCCUCCGACCGAGAGACGGCAAUUAAACUGGUGCAGAAAUUACUGGAUCACAGCAUUGUCCACCAUGUCUGUGAUGAGCAUAAGGAAUUCAAGGAUGUCAAACUGUUCUACCGCUUCAGAAAAGACGAUGGGACGUUUCCGCUGGACAAUGAGGUGAAGGUCUUCAUGAGAGGACAAAGACUGUAUGAAAAGCUGAUGAGUUCUGAAAAUACUCUUCUGCAAGCCAGGGAAGAGGAAGGAGUCAAGUAUGAACGGACCUUCGUGGCAUCAGAGUUCAUUGACUGGCUGAUCCAGGAAGGAGAGGCCACGACACGGUCUGAAGCAGAGCAGCUUGGCCGCAGACUUUUGGAGCACGGGAUUAUACAGCAUGUGUCCAGCAAGCACCAUUUUAUGGACAGCAACUUGCUCUACCAGUGCAGAAUGAAUUUCCGCCGGCGGCGGCGAUUAAUGGAGCUCCUCACUGAGAAAUCUCGCUUGAUGCCAGAAAGCCAUGACAGCCCGUUUUGCCUGCGCAAGCAGAACCAUGACAACAGAAAACACACCAGUUUUCUCUCAGUAAGUCCCACCAAGGAGAUAAAGAUCGUGUCGGCAGUACGGAGGAGCAGUAUGAGUAGCUGUGGCAGCAGCGGGUACUUCAGCAGUAGCCCAACGCUCAGCAGCAGUCCCCCUGUGCUCUGCAACCCCAAAUCUGUAUUAAAGAGACCCGUGACUGCUGAUGAGCUCUUGAUGCCUGGAGCCCCAUAUGUAAGAAAAACUUUUACGAUCGUCGGCGACGCGGUGGGCUGGGGCUUUGUGGUGCGGGGGAGCAAGCCCUGCCACAUCCAGGCUGUGGACCCCAGCGGGCCGGCAGCCGCGGCUGGGAUGAAGGUUUGCCAAUUUGUCGUGUCUGUCAAUGGCCUCAAUGUUCUCCACGUGGAUUACAGGACAGUGAGCAACCUCAUCCUGACCGGCCCUCGAACAAUUGUGAUGGAAGUGAUGGAAGAAAUAGAGUCCUGAGAAGGAAAAAACCUCUUACUGCAUAUUUUUGUGAGAGAAAUGGCGACGACCAUGGAGCAGCAUGACACAAGGAGGCAGAACGUUGCUGCGUCUAAAUAGAUGAUUUUGCUUUUAGGGGAGGGGGGCUCUCUUUCAUUUAACAAUAAUAGCACUGGUGAUUAUGCUAAGAAGUGGACAAUAGAUACCAGCAUAUUUUCACUAAGGACUUUCCUUUGCCCGACGGAGACAAGGUUAAGGCCUUUAGGUUUUCUGUCCAGCCAUGCCUGUAUCAGUCAGAACGGUUUCCCACCUAAGAGGCCGUGCAGACUUCCCUCACAGUCCACCAUGGGAUCAAAGCACUUCAGGAGAUGAAAGAACCAAAUACUGUGCGGUCAGGAUGUCACAGAUGGUUUGCAUGACAUAUUUACAUUGGUAAACAUCCUCCUGGUGUCCAGCUUUGUCCCAGGAGCAUGUGCUGCUGCAGUUGCUCUCUCCUUGGGCCGAGAGACAGCUGACUAAAUGCUGGACUGAUUGCAGUCAAACACAAAUGCACUGCAAGUGCAUGAAGAAAAGGUGUUCAUUCUCUCUAGGGAAUACUCUGGUAUGAAUGUUUGGGUUUGACCUAAUACACAGAUUAUUCUAGAAAGAAAAAUAUAAGACCAUGCAAAUGGAAAAGUGUGCGGUACUUUUGCAAAAUCUGGCCUUUGAAAAUUUGCUUAGAUGCCUACGCACUGGUUUAGGUGCUCAAAUAUAAAAUCUUGAUUUUUUUUUUUUUCCUUUUCUGUAAAGGAAAGGUGUCUCAGUCUUGUCGUUUGUCACUUUGGAGAAAUUUUGGACACCUUUAUUCCUGGAAGAAAAAUAUUUGGCGGGUUGAAGUGGGAAAUGCACAGUUAGCAUUAGCGAUGAUACAUCCAGAUGCUCCAGUAGAGAAAGUACACUUCAAAUUGAAGCAAUGUACUUGAACGUACAUUAAGCUUGUUAGCACUUUCCAAUCAUCAAAUGUUUUGCAAACUAUUGACUUGCCACAUGAGUUGCAUUUGACACUAUUACUAAUAAAACAUUGUAUUUAACUGACUCUUACUCUUUUUCAAACAGUAGGAUUUCUUCGUUGAUGAAUUAAUGAAACAAAUCUUUUUUAAAAAUGUAUAUACAAAUGCCAUAUUCUGCUGAGUUAGGUGACUCCUCAGCUCGAUGGUAAUUGGGCUGCAUGGGGUUUUUUUUGAUCUUUGAACUGAAUACAUACAUCCUUGUCCACAAAAUUAUACAUAUAUAUUGCAGACUUUCUCUGCUGUCUAAAUUUUACAAUUAAAGCUCGACUUUCUAUAUGGGCAGACCACAAAUCCUCCAAUUACCAGGUGGGGAAAGUAUUUUUUCCUAAAAUAAUUUUGAAAUAUGUUUUAUAUUAAAAAUUGUUCUCACUAACUACAUUGCUCUUGCAGUAUUUUUUACUCACUUGAACACUUUUACAUCAGAGAUGCAGCAAGUCUUCAAAAUCUCAUAUGCCUGCAGUUUUGUAGGUAGAAGUCCAUGUGUUCUUUGUUUCCGAUAUAGUAUAUCUGUGGUUGAUUUUUCACAGUGAAAACUUCUCAUAUUCCACUAAUAUGCAGCAGCGCAGGGAGGUAUAAAACUGCAACCGCUAACUUAAUACUAACCAGGCACAAAAGUGUUUGGAAGAUUCUUCUAAAGUGUCAUUUAGUAUGACAGUUGUUUAUCCCUAUCGUACCCCCAAAAACUUUGGUACACAUAUACACCCCAUAGCAGGUUAUAUUCUAGAGUUCAUCUAGAAUAGAUAGUUCAGCCCAUAGUGUUAUAUGAGAUGGUAACAACUGUUGAUGGUAUCCACUAAGAACGGUUGGAAAAAAUCCUGUUGUCCCAGAAAUGUGUCAGUAUGCUACAGGUUUUUGAUUUUGUGAAUCCAGGAAUGCUUCCCCAAAUACUUCUAUUUUCUUUUCUUUUUGGCCUGGGUUGUUUUGGUGGCUUGGUUGGUAGAUAGUUUGUACCGCUUUAAAAUAUAAAUUCUACAUGUUAGGCUAGGUUAAAUAUUAAAAUGUGAAGGCUUUUCUUAGCAAAAUGCUAAUGAUUCUCUCUAAUGCCAUCAUGGAUUCUUCUGUCUUACAUCUCUUGCCUUAGUUAAUAUUCUGCUACAAGUUCCCCGUAGCUUACAGAUAAUUAAGAAAGUGGGUCAGAAUUUAGCUUAAUAAUGCAUUACAGAGUGCACUUUAGACUUGAGCAAAAAGAGUGGGGAUGGGGGCAGGGAGAACUCUGUGCAUAUGAUUAUGUUGCAGACUGGAGAUGGCAUUUUCAUUUGCAAGACACAUUAGUCUCUGUCACAAUUUGAGCACCAUUACUUGCUUGCUGUUUAAUGGGGAUUUCCAUAUUGUGUUCUCAACUUGAUUGGCAAUCCAGAAUGUAAUUAAUUCUUUCCCUCUUCAAUGUGACAAUGGUAUUCAAAUUAUCUUUGCAAUGAAAUUUUGUAUUUUGGAAAAAAGGAUGCGAAGUUAACAAUUAAGCUAUAAAAUGUAUCAUUUCCAAUUAAAUUGCAGUUUGUCUGCACAUAGUGAUACAUCCCCUCUGAGACAUCCCAUAGGAGUCAGUGUCACACUUUCAUGCACUUCAGAGGGCACAGAAUUUUGAACAUACCUUUCAAAAUACCUUGCUUUCUGCAAAGUACCAAGGGACAUGUAAGAUUAUUCGCAGAAGUGAGGCAUUUCAAGAGAUGCAUGAAUAUCACAGUGUGGACUGAAGCAAGAAACCAGAAAGGAGAAAGCCCCUGUCAUCAGCAGUAAUAACUUUGUUAAGAAGAUAGGCAUUUUUGUAAGACUUACUCUCUUGUGUGAUUGCAUUUUUGGUUACUAUAGAUCUUGUGAGAUCCUCUAAUAAAUCUUUAUGCCUUAAUAACACA